AUUCUUCGCAAUCUCUAUUCACAGUAGACUCAUCAGAGAGAGAGACAGAGAGAGAGAGACAGAGAGAUGGGAUCCAAGGCAGAAGAAGAAAACAAGGAGGAGGAGGCAAGUUCCACACCAAAGCUUCCACUCGUCUUAACCAUCCCACUACCUCUGCAGUCACCGGAGCAUUCAGGGAUGCUUACACCACCACUCCACACCUCUGCCACCGUCCCCUUUCGAUGGGAAGAAGAACCCGGCAAGCCCCUCCCCUCCACCACCACCACCACCACCACAACCACCGCCAUCACUCCACCACCAUCACCACCAAACAAGUACUUCCUAGAGCUGCCUCCAAGGCUGCAGAUAAUGGAGUCCUCUAAAAUGACCAAAAUGCCCUCCCCUAAUACAGUCCUAGAUGGUCCUUAUCAUCUGGGUAUGAUGCCUCCUGUAUUUAGGUCAUCUUCUUUCAGGGUCAGAAGGCGAGAGCGUCAAGGGUCUUUUGGGAGUAGCUGUGAGAGUCCUUCUGAGAGAGGACAGCUUGGUGCCAUGGUUUUUCUGAGCAAGGAGGAGAGAGGAGGAGGGUUGUUUGGUUCUUGGAGAAGAAAACAGCAGCAUUAUCCAAGAAAAGAAGUUAUUGGUGGUGAGGGUAGUUUUGUCUUUUCAUCUCCUUCUUCCAUGGAUUUGGCAGAUUUUGUUGGUGGUGGAAAGGUGAAGAAGAUGUCAAGGAUUAGAAGGAACGGAUCAAGCUUUUCCAGCCUCUCUCAAGUCAAGUCUCACUUCUGGGCAAGUAUAUAUGAUGGAUUGAAGCAAGUGCUACCAUGGAAGAGUAGAAAAUCGAAGAAAGAUGGGUUUAUUAUUUGAAUCUGAUCUCUUUCAUUCUUGUUGAACCAAACAUCCAAAAAGUCUUUGCCCAAUCUUUUGUUGGUUUCAGAUUUUCCAGAGGUUGAAAUUUAUAAUCUCAAGAAAAGAAAAGAAAAGAAAAAAAUGUACUGUACUACAUAAUACACGGCAAAAAGUCCUGCUCCCUGACUUAAGUGCCUAUGUAUCCACCUAUAAUUCUUGUGUGUUUGUUUUUUUUGUUUUUUUUCAUGUAUAAAGGCAACUCCGUUUUUCUUUCUUGUAAUGAACCGAGUAAUGAAUUAUUCAAACUUAAUUUGUUUA